AUGGCUGCCGUGGAGGACGAUGAGCCCAAUUCCAACUCGGCUGGGGAGGACUUCGUUUCCUCAAGGCCAGCUAAAAAGAGACGCCACGACACGGCGCUCAAUGAAGCUGCUGAUCCCGAGGGACCUGCAUGUCAAUCGUGUCGCAGAAAGAAGGCCAAGUGCACUAGGCGUCAGCCUUGUUCCGCCUGUGUUCGUUAUAACGUCGAGUGCCUCUACGAUGACCGAAAGAACAAGCCGGGCCUGAGGACUGGCGCCGUUGAGAACCUUAGCCAACGCGUCGCGACUUUGGAAUCCAUGUUUCUUGGCCAGGGGGUUCUCUGGCAGCAGGUUUUCAACCAGCUCAGCUCGCUCACCGGACAAGAAGAUUCGAGCCCAGGUCGAUUGUCAAAAGAUCCCGGCUUGUCGCUCCAGGAAUGCGCGUCACAUCUAAAAUCGACACUAUCUAACCUGGCAGAGUCCGGCCCUGUCGCCGGGUCUGCCGAGCUCGAUUCGUCGCAGUGGCCAGAAUUCCUCCAGAACACGGACACCCGCCCGGCGCGAACCAGCGGCGACGCCUGCAAGGGCUGUUCGGUCCUCCCAUAUCAAGACUUCGCUUCAUUGCCUCCGCCAGAUCUGAUGGACUCCCUGGUCGAUAUCUACUUCGCGAACCUGCACCCCUGGAUACCUAUGCUUCAUGUUCGUGAAUUUAGGGAGCGCAUGGCUGAUGCCGCCGAGCGCCCUCGGCUGCGAACCGUUUUCCAGGCCAUUGUGUCCACUUGUGCUCGGUUUUCAGACGACGCCCGUCUCGGUUCGCCCGAAACAAAGGCGCAAAUGGCCAAGAGAUACCGACAGGCCGUCAUCGUGGAGAGCAUGGAUUCGUUUUCUGUAGAAAACCUACAAGCACUCAUUAUUUGCGCUUUCGAUACGAUUGGAAGCGGACGUGGUCCUUCAGCUUGGUCUAUCGUUGGCAGCAUGACACGAACAGUAGAACAACUUCAACUGAGUGUGGAAGAAGACCAAACACCGCCCGCGAGAGCAUUAAUCAAACGAAUUGCGUUUCUAAAGCCAUGCAAGACUUGGGUCGAACGAGAGGAACGACGGCGUGUCUUCUGGAAUACAUUUCUUCUGGACCGCUUUUGUAGCAUCGCAACCGGCUGGAACUUCUCCUUAACAAGUGCCGACGUCAAGAGGAGGCUUCCAUGUGAGGGCGCACUUUGGGAAGCAGGCCAUCCUCUGCAGACACCAACGCCGUACUUCGGAGUUGCCGACACCUCAAGUGGUACGAAUGGGGCAUUGCCAACUGCUCGCCCCGAAGGCGAAGCCCAGGACUCGAUAGGUGGGUUUGCUUACUGUAUUGAAGCCACGGAAAGCUUGAGCCUCGUCACAUCAUUCUUUCUACAGCAAGCGGUUGAUGUGACAAAGCCACAGGAGGUGCAGAUGUGGCUGCUCAAGUUCAAGCAGCUUGACUUGCGCCUGGUCCAAUGGAAGAUCUUCCUUCCGGAGCAAUGGCGAGAGGCCUGCGCACUCAAUUGCGAUGGGAUUCUUGACCCCAACCUAACUCUCGCGCACAUAUCACACAAUACGGCUGUGGUUCUUCUACAUCAGGGCAUCGCGUAUCCGGCCCCGGAUUGGCAAACGAGCGGCCUCAGACUCCCGUCCGCAUCCAGUUCAGAGACAUGUCUGGCAGCAGCGACAGAGGUGGCAAUCAUUGCAGAGAAGUUCUUACAGGGAUCAACGGCUCUUACGAACCCUCAGUUCGCAUUCUGCUUGUUCAUUUGCGGACGCAUGUUCCUUGCCCAUGCGAUAUACUACAGCGUUCCAUUGCCUCAAGGGUUUGAUUCACUGGUCUACAGCCUCCAGGAAAUGUCAAAAAGAUGGAAUGGGCCAGGCGACCAAGUAGAUAACCUGGCAUCAAAAUUCGCACGGCGCCUCGUGCGGGCUCGAGAACAAGGCCAUGGUAUGCUAGAUCUCAGCCAUUCCGUUUAUUUCGACGAGACAAAACCUGAGGGAGACCCUGCACCCAACGUCCGCACUGAAGUUGCCAACAUGCCGCAUAGCAUGGCAAUUGGACAAAUCGAUCAGGAAAACCAGGACGGAUUUGGGCCAUACCAGGCAAUGAAUGACUACGACCAGGACGCUUCACCGGACAGUAUUUCCCUCGCUUUUCCUCCAUUGCCUGUCUCGUUCUAUAAUCAACAAGGAAGCAGGGGCCCCACCGCGGCGGCAUCGCCAGUAGCAGGAAACGUACUUCCACUGAGCCAUCGGUUUGAAAAUGGUGCCCCUGUGAAUGGUGUGGGGCCUACAUCCAUGGAAGAGUUCGGAGACCUCAGCACAUAUCUUGACUACUCAUUUCUUCCUGCACAGAGGAUUAGCGUCUUCUCUGGGCUGACAGAGAAGAACCCACAAGAAUGA